UCAGAGCCAACCGUUUCUGAUGUGUCGGAAAGUGAAAGAUGGAUACUCUUCAGAGAGGGAGUAGAAACUUUUUGAACUUUAUUUAUUUUUAAGGAGAUUUUGAUUCGGUUUUAGUGGUGCUCGGUUCGGUUAGGGUUUUUGUUUAAUUAAAGAAAUGAAAGCUUCAUCGUCACGCUUGUAAAGGCUUCGGUUGCAGUUCUGUUUUUUUCUUUGAUUUGACAUUGUUUAUUUGAUAUUAAAAACUAUUAUAAAAAGGCUUCAUGAUUACUGGAGAGGCUUCUGGUUAAAGCGAAGCGGCUCUCUCUCUAUAGAUUGAUGAUUGAUUGAAAGAGAGAGAAUUAUCUUUUUCACAAAAUGGCGGAAGUUAGAGGAGUGAACACGUGGCAGGAGGAGCUGGCGAGUUUAGUGGAAGACACGGGGAUGAUAUACACCGGGGAUAUGAUCGGGGUCUCGUCGUUACCGCCGUUCAAUGAGGCGAAAUCGGCCGCGGCGGCGGAGGUCGUGGAGAGUGAUCAUGAAACGGAACCGCAGGAGAGUUUGAAGGAACAGGUGACGGGAUUUAUGAAAUCGUGGUGCGAGAUGCUUCUAGAACUUGGGAGAGGAUGCAUAGGCAUUGUGCAGCAAACAGUAGUAACUGAAGAUUCGUUUCUAGUUCAGAAGCUUGGUGGACCGGUGGCUAAGGUCUCCGGUCGGUUGAGAUUCUUGAACGAGUUCUUGCCUGAGGAUCGUGAUCCAAUUCAUGCUUGGCCUGUUAUCUUCUUCGUUUUCAUCCUUGCACUUUCAGCUCUGAAGUUAAAUAGUGGACAUGAUGAAUUGGUACCGCCAGUGAAGAAAGUGCGUGCUCAUCCUCCAAAUGCGAGUCGAAUCCAGCUUCCAGAUGGCAGACACUUGGCUUAUCGUGAAAUCGGUGUUCCAGCUGAUAAAGCUAGAUUUUCUCUAAUUGCUCCACAUCCAUUUCUUUCAUCCCGACUUGCCGUUAUACCGGGAGUCAAGACAUCACUACUUGAAGAGUUUGGUGUUCGAUUGGUGACAUAUGAUCUUCCUGGCUUUGGGGAGAGUGAUCCUCAUCCUAGUAGGAAUCUGAACUCAUCAGCAUUUGAUAUGCUUCAUCUAGCUGAUGCUGUUGGUGUCAAUGAUAAGUUCUGGGUGUUGGGCCUCUCAAGUGGAAGUAUGCAUGCUUGGGCUGCACUCAGAUAUGUUCCUCACAGAAUUUCAGGUGCUGCAAUGGUUGCUCCAAUGAUCAAUCCAUACGAACCUAGCCUGACUAAGGAAGAAAUGAGAAGUAUUUGGGGAGAGUGGUUACCAAGAAGGAAGUUAAUGUAUUAUUUAGCUCGACGAUUGCCAAAACUGCUGUCCUUCUUUUACCGCCGGAGUUUCCUAUCUGGCAAGCAUGGCCGAAUUGAGAAGUGGAUGUCUUUGUCCCUUGGAAGGAGGGACACGGUUCUGACUGAAGGACAAACAUUUGAAGUCUUCUGGCAUAGAGAUGUGGAGGAGUCAAUUCGUCAGGGAAAUGCAAAACCAUUCAUUGAGGAAGCUGUCCUACAGGUUUCAAACUGGGGUUUUAGUUUGGCAGAUCUUCAGGUGCAGAGGAGGUGUUACAGAAGUGGAAUUUUCCCUUGGCUCAGGUCCCUGUACAGUCAAGCAGAAUGUGAAUUGGCAGGAUUUCUGGGACCAAUACAUAUAUGGCAGGGGAUGGAUGACAAAGCUGUUCCACCAGCAAUGAUGAAUUAUAUAAGCCGGGUUCUACCCGGGGCCAUCAUGCAUAAGCUCCCAAAUGAAGGCCAUUUUUCCUUUUUCUAUUUCUGUGAUGAAUGCCAUCGGCAGAUACUCUCUACUCUCUUGGGAAGUCCUCAAGGACCUCUUGACCCAGUAACAGACAAAGGUGAAAUUCUCUCUGAAGGAGAUAUGGAAGAGCAAUCAUCAGCUACUGAUUCUACCAAAAAUGAUACAUCACCAUAGAUUUACAAUUUUUCCCCUGAAUUUUCCAAAUUUUUGUGUAAAUACCACAGAUUGCUCCUCAUAGCUCGUAGGAGCACUUUAGAUGUCUCAAAAUUUUCUGUUACAAGUACUUGAGAGGUCAGGCUAGAAGUCAACGUACUUUAGAGGUGAGAUGUUAAAAGGCAAGGAGGCAUGAUCUUAGUAAUUUACCUUACACACUAGAAUCAAUAAGUAUAAACAAUUCUUUUGGCAUU